AUGUCGCGUAAAGAGCCUCUGUCCGUGGAAGCUUUGCUCCAGAAACAGAAGGAGGAGGCAGCCGUCAAGCCGAAAUUCAUGAGCAAAGCUGAGCGUCAGCGACUUGCUCUAGAGAAGCGACAGCAGGAAGUCGAGGCUGCCAAGGCCAAGGAAGAGGCCGAGCGAAAGAAGCGAGAGGAGUUCGAGCGCAAGGCAAGGGAGGAGGUGCGCAGCACCGCAAAUGGACUUAACCGAUAUGGCACCUCUACCCAUACACAAGCUCCGACCGCUCCCAGGGCAGAUAGGCAGCGCUAUCAAAAUGGAGCGUCUGGACCGAGCCGUGAUAGCAGGAUGAAUGGAUAUACAGACAAGGAUGCACCAGGGCCAUCAAGGCAGCCUUACGGACAUUCCCACGGUUCUCAAUCCUCGAAUGGGCAAAACGCCGGGAAAAGCUCUGCUGGAAAGCCAAAUGCACUGCCGAAGAACAGUUACGCAUCCCAGGAUGGAUCUGGUGAUGCACCCGUCACCGCCGAAGAACAAGAGUUGAUCAGGCGACGAUAUCUCGGUAUCAAGCAGGGAUCGACAAAGAAGACCCGGCGUAUGCUUCAAGAUCGCAAAUACAUGUUCGACCAUGACAUGGAGGAAGAUACGACGGACACCAUCAAUCCAGUGUUUCAAAACAUCAUCGAGGCGAAAGCCUUUAGUAGCGCAGCGAAAGCGAGUGGCAUAGCACAACUUGGAUCGCCGAAAGGGACAAGCAGCAGCGCCGCCGCUGCAACUGAAACAUUGGAACGACGGCGAGGGGCGCGAAAUGCGAUGGAUGAGAAGCAUUGGACAGAAAAGUCGCUUGAAGAGAUGCGCGAACGGGAUUGGCGUAUCUUUCGGGAAGACUUUGCGAUCGCUGCUCGCGGCGGACACAUUCCGCGGCCAUUGCGCAGCUGGAAGGAGAGCAAGAUUCCGAAGCCGAUCCUAGAGGCCAUCGAAAUGAUCGGCUAUCAGGAUCCAAGCCCGAUUCAAAGACAAGCAAUCCCGAUUGGACUGGAAAACAGGGACCUCAUCGGCAUUGCAGAGACAGGUUCGGGAAAGACCGCUUCUUUCGUAAUACCAAUGCUCGCAUAUAUCUUGGAUCUUCCACGGUUGACGGACGAGAAUCGGCAUCUUGGACCGUAUGCUCUCAUUCUCGCCCCGACUCGAGAACUGGCCCAGCAGAUCGAAGUCGAGACGCGCAAGUUCGCUGCCCACCUCGGCUUCACAUGUGUCUCGAUCGUUGGGGGACGCGACAUGAAUGAACAAGCAUUCAAUAUGCGCAACGGUGCCGAAAUCGUCAUCGCGACACCUGGUCGUCUGAAGGACUGCAUUGAGCGUCAUGUCUUGGUCCUCGGCCAAUGCACCUAUGUCGUCAUGGACGAAGCCGACAGGAUGCUCAACCUUGGUUUCGAAGCUGAACUCAACAUCAUCUUGGACGCUCUACCGGUGUCCAAUCUGAAGCCAGACACGGAAGAUGCUGAAGAUCCACUCAAGCUGCUGCGCAGAGAAGGCGAAGACAGGGUCGACAAGUACCGCGUGACCAUGCUGUACUCGGCCACGAUGCCACCAGGUGUCGAGCGCAUGGCGAAGAAGUAUUUGAGAAGGCCUGCGCAUAUCACAAUUGGAGAUGCCAAUCAAGCAGUCGGUACCGUCGAGCAGCGAGUGGAAUUCAUUCAGUCAGAUGAGAAGAAGAGACAACGUCUGAUGCAAAUCCUACACGCUGGGGUGGAUGGCCCAACGAUCGUUUUCUGCAGCACCAUUAUCGACGCAGACGGUCUUGGGAAAUACCUCGCUUCGGCCGGCUGGAAUCCAGCUGUGCUCCACUCCAAGAAGACGCAAGCACAAAGAGAAGAGGCGUUGGCGUCGCUUCGCUCAGGCGAGGCGCCUGUGCUCGUUGCGACCGACCUGGCGGGACGUGGUAUCGACGUGCCGAAUGUCGCGCUGGUCGUCAACUUCCAAAUGUCCAACAACAUUGAAAGCUACAUUCAUCGUAUCGGCCGUACCGGUCGUGCAGGCAAGCACGGUGUUGCUAUCACCUUCCUCGACAGCGGCGACGAGGAGCUCUACUACGAUCUCAAGCAGGAGAUCUCACGCUCACCAGUAUCCAAAGUCUCGCCGGAGCUUGCUCGUCAUCCCGCUGCGCAAACCAAAAUCACAAAAGAGAUGAAAAGAAAGCGUGCAGCGGAAGAUGAGGGCUAA